AAGCCUUUAAAAGUAAAAAUAAACAUGGGAAAAUAGAUCGAAGUAACCUUUGUGGAUGCCUGUCAGGCUGGGCAAGCCUGGUCGAAUCUAAAGUCAGUACAUUUUGUUCGGCUCUAAGAUACACAUCAGACUUAACCAAGACUUUACAUUUGAAAUGGGGAGAGCUCGUCCUUUACGUAAAAAGCCCUGUCUCAGGCGCAAGCCAAGUCAGAAGCCUGGCCAGAAACGCGUGUAUCCUAGCAAUCCCUCGAUGAGGAUUCAGGGCAAGAUCCGGGAACUCAGACGCAGAAUAGAUGCAGCCCGCGUUAAGUGCAUCACAGACGGAUCCAGCAGCUCAUCGUUCUUUAACAAGACCGACUAUCCGUACAGUUCUUACAUUCGUAAACUAUCAUAUUGCCCCUUCUGCGGAUCCCAGAGUAAUUGGUUGAAGGAGGAGGAGCAGAAGGAAGAGGUGCAGGAGGAGCAAGAGGAGGAGGAGGAAGAGGAGCAGGAGGAGGAGCAGGAGGAGGAGGAUGAGCAGGAGGAGGAUGAGUACGAGUAUGAUCAGGAUGAGAUGGAUGAGGAGAUGGACGACGCUGAGUACGGGAAUCUGGAUCAUGGUGAAGAUGAGGGUGAGGAGCAGGAAGUGGGAGAGGAGGAAGAGGAUGCUCCACAAAAUUGAAGGCACACAUUCCACUGGUGCAAUUGACACCCGAUAAUCGUUAGAACUCAAAAUUCCAUUGUGUGUUUUGUAAUAUACAUUUUCGACCUCGAUUUUAUUAUCAAAUCUCA